AUGGUACAUGUAUUACUAGGCUAUUUAGAUGAGAAGAAGAAGAGGAAGAAUGAAUUAAGGGAUAAGCAUAAAAUUAAUAAAAAGUUUGUUUCUAAAAUCGGUGGGAAACCCUUUUGGUUAGAUAGAAUUAAUUUACCGGAUGAGAAAGAAUUUAAUUGUUCCGUAUGUAACAACAUGAUGAUAUUUUUAUUACAGAUUUAUGCGCCCUUAGAUGAGCUUGGAAAUUGUUUUCAUCGAUGUUUAUAUGUAUUCAUAUGUAUACAUUGUGGUGAUCAAGCAAAAUGUUUUAGAACACAAUUACCAAGAAAUAAUCCAUUUUAUAAUUAUUAUUUACAAGAUUCGAAUUAUGUGGAUGAUCCAACAAAUGAAAAUGAUGAAUUGAUUCCUUCUGAUGAUACAUAUAAUCAAAUUAGUGAAUCGGAUGAUACGGAUAAUGACAUGAGUGAUAGUGAAGAAAAUAUAAAAAAUCCCACAUAUACAAAUAAUAAUAAUAAUAAUAUUAAUAUUAAUAUUAAUAGUAUUAAUAAUAAUAAUAAUAUGAUAAAUAUCAAUAUUGAUGAAACAAAUCGUAACGACGAUGUGAAUAAUGGAGAACAUAUAGAUAUGAAUACAAAUAUAAUUAUUAGUAAUAAUGAAAAUUUUAAUGCUAGUGAAACCAUUAAUAGUAAUAGUAAUAGUAAUAGUAAUAUUAAUAGUAAUAUUAAUAGUAAUAGUAAUAGUAAUAGUAAUAGUAAUAGUAAUAUUAAUAGUAAUAGUAAUAGUAAUAGUAAUAUUAAUAGUAAUAGUAAUAAUAAUUGCUUCGAACCGACGGGGAAUAAUUUGAACGAAUCAGACGAUACUACUAACCAAAUAAACGAGUCUGACCAUAGCACAAACCCAUUUAACGAAUCUGACGAUACAAAUAAUGAACAUAAAACAUUAGAAAAGAAGGAAAAAGAAAUAAAUCCAUAUAGAAAUAAUAAUGAUAAUAAGAAGGAUAAUGAUGUAAAUAAUUUUAUUAUGAAUAUUAAAGAAGAUGAUGAAAAUCAAGAAAAGAAGAAGGAAAAGAACGUAAACGUUAUUUGCUCAAAAAGAUUGGAAAAUGAUAAUUGCAAUAAUAAAAUUCUUACACAGAAUAUGGAAAAAAAUAAUAAUUUUAGUGUUAAUGCAGAUGUAAAAAAAAAAGAUACGGGUUCAGGAACAGACUAUUAUAUGACAUUAAUAAAGAAAGAUAAGAAUGUUUUUGAUAAAAGCGUGGAAUAUUAUUUUUGUUGUAAUAUUUGUGGAAUUCCUUGUGUCAAUAAAUUUAAAAAACAUAAAUCUUGUAAACUUAAGAAGCAUAUAAUUUUCCAAGAACACAAAAUAUAUAUUAGCGAUGAAGAUGAUUGUGAAAGUAGUAGUACAGGAAGCGAGAUGUUUUCUGAUUUUUAUGGAGGAGAUUCUAAUGAAGAACUUGUUAAUAAUAAAGGUGGUACUUAUGUUCUUCAAAUUAAUACAAAAGAAAAGGAUAAUUCGAGGAUGACAAAUUUUGAUGUUUUACAUAAUGAAAAUAUACCUACAACGAAUAAUUAUGAUAACACAAGGAAUAAUUAUGAUAUUACAACGAAUAAUUAUGAUAACACAACGAAUAAUUAUGAUAUUACAACGAAUAAUGAUGAUAACACAAGGAAUAAUUAUGAUAACACAACGAAUAAUUAUGAUAUUACAACAAAUAAUGAUGAUAAUACAACGAAUAAUAUAUCUCCUGAUCAUGGUAAUGAAACAUAUGAAAGUGGAGAAACAAAUAAAAUGGAUAAUCUCGAUAAUAUGGAUAAUAACAUGAAAGGAAAUAAUACUAUGAAUCAUGUAAAUGGUAUGUGUGAUGUUAAUAAUAUAAAUGUGAACAACAAUAAUAUUCAUGUUAUCGAUUAUAAUAAAACAGACUUUUAUAGUAACACCAAUUAUUCAUUUAACGGAAAAGAACAAAAUAAAGAUGAUGCAGAAGAAAUUGAUUUAGAUAUCAGCGAAAUGAAAGCUUUUGAACAGAUACAAAGAGAUAUUGAGCAUACAAGGAAUAUUGAUAAAGUUUUUAAAAAUUAUAUAAAAAAAAUCCAAAGAUUCCCAAGUCAGUUUAUAAGAUAUUCAUAUAAUGGUACAGCUCUUUAUUCGUCAUGUGACAUAUUUAAUAGUAACAGAAAUAAUGUAUCGGAACUACCAAAUACAAAUAAUAAAUCUCACAAUAAUAUGAAUAAUAUUUAUAAUACAUUUAAUACUAAUAAGGUUCCUCGGUGUCAUAUUUGUAAAAGAAGAAAAGUAUUUGAAUUCCAAGUUCUCUCAACCAUUAUUAACUUUUUAAAAAUAAACAAAAAUAUACAAGUUGAUAAUAAUAUAGCCUUAAAUUCGAAGUUUGCUUACCUUGCCAUAUAUACAUGUGAAAAUAAUUGUGACAUAUUCGAUAUAAACAAUUUUAAAGAAUCACAAAGAAGACAACACAAAAAUAGAUAUAUUCAAGAAUAUGUCUAUGUGCAAGUUGAAAAUUAA